AGCGCAUUUUCAACACGAUGGACGGCUUUUCGCUCAACUUGGCGACGCCGUCGGGGCCGCGUGUGGUCAAGAGGAAGAAGGUCACUAAGUUUCGGCAGAACAAGAAGAAGGCACAGCGAAAGGCACAUGCUCAUGGAAGUGCAUUGGCGGGAGAUACCCCUAGGGCAGGUGUGGUGCGUCCGAAACACUCGACGACAACGCCGGCGCCAAAACCAGCCAUUGUGGCACCACCUCAGAGCGACGAGCCGUCCGACGAUGAAUACGAGCCUGUGGACGAAUCGGAGCAGGACGAACCGGAUGAUGAUGCGUCCGACGUAGACAUACCAGCGCCCGUUGCGUCCAACCACCCGUCGACCGAGAGUGCUACGAAGAAGACACAAGUUGUGCCCGCCGCAUCGGCAUCGCAACCCAUCAAUCCAACCUCAAAUUUGACUCUCACCAAGGAAAAAGGCACCCGGCGGAACCCAAACAAGGACGCGUACUCUGCGGACUCGUAUUUGAAGCCUUCGCUGGACAUGUCGACAAUGGUUGUCCACAACACACCGCUGCCGUCAAAAGAAUCGACCGAAAUAUUUGCAAAACAAGCGACGUUCGGCGCCAUGAAGUUGCAUCCUCACAUUGUGUCGAUCUUGGCCAAAGACAAGGAUGCGGGAGGCUUUGGCUUCAGCCAGCCCACUCGGGUGCAGGUGGCCAGUGUUCCCGCGAUUCUCGCAGCCGGCGACGUGAUGCUCAAAAGCGAAACCGGGUCGGGAAAGACGUUGUCGUACUGCCUCCCGAUCGUUCACUCGCUUAUGUCCCGCACAGAGCGAGUCUGCCGCAGCGAAGGAUGCCUCGCCUUGAUCCUUGCCCCCACACGCGAACUUUGCAUUCAAAUCCAUGAAACUCUCGAACGCCUGCUGAAGGUCGCAGUGUACAUUGUGGCUGGCUGUGUGGUCGGCGGGGAGAAAAAGAAGGCCGAGAAAGCGCGGCUACGCAAAGGCGUGUCGAUCUUGGUGGCAACGCCCGGUCGGCUCAUUGACCACUUCACCAACACCCACGCGUUCAAGUACAACCGACUGCAGUAUCUCGUGCUGGACGAAGCAGAUCGGUUGUUGGACUUGGGGUUUGAAAAGAGCAUUGCGCAGAUUCUGGAAUGCCUCGUCGCGAAAAUCGACGACGAUAUCACCCGCCAAAGCAUCCUCGUGUCAGCCACAAUCAACGCUGGUGUCCAGCGACUCGCGGCACUGAGUUUGACCAGCCCCAAGUUUAUCGAUGCCGACGCUUCCAAAGGCCCAGAAUCCACGUUUGCCACGCCCGACCAACUCGUCCAGCACUUUAUGAUUGUGCCGGCCAAGCAGCGGCUGUGUGCGCUGAGCGCGUUUGUGCGAGGUGAGUGUCGGCGCAACAAACUCCGAGCCAAGAUCGUCGUGUUCAUGUCGACGUGCGAUGCCGUCGAUUUCGUCUCGUCUCUAUUUCAAAAGUGCCAGUGGCCCCAGAGCGCGUCGAUGUUUGGGCCACCUGUCUUCCGCCUGCACGGCAAUGUCAACCAGCAAGACCGCACUGCGACCUUCCAAGCGUUUUGCAAAGCGUCGUCGGGAGUCCUCUUUUGCACGGACGUCGCGGCGCGCGGUUUGAACUUGCCCACGGUUCAAUGGAUUGUGCAAUACGAUCCGCCCACGGAAACGAGGGAUUAUGUCCAUCGCGUCGGCCGCACAGCCCGCAGUGGCGCGGUUGGGAACUCGCUGCUGUUUUUGCUUCCGUCGGAAUCUGCCUACUGCGACCAUCUCAAGACGCAUGGCCUGAAUUUAACCGCUCUGAGUUUGGAGUCGACGCUCGCUCGUAGCGCGUACAAGGGCGAGUUCAAACCAUCAAGCAAGAAGGCUAUCCAUGAGGUUCAUGCCUCCCCUUGCCUUUGCUCUGUCUCGAAAAUGCAGCGUCCUGAAACGUAGGUUGUGGUCCACGAGCUCCAGUAUCUGUUCGAACAGUCCGUCUUGGCCAACACGGAGCUGUUUGACAUGGCGUGUCAGGCAUUCCAAUCGUUUGUCCGGAGUUAUGCUACCCAUGCCAGGUACGCUUCUUUCCGCAGCCUUGACGUGAAACCCAUCGGGUCGUGGUAGUGAGACAAGGCAGUACUUUCACGUGCGCAGUCUGCACUUUGGCCACGUUGCCAAAAGUUUUGCGUUGCGCGAACCGCCCGCGUCCAACAAAGUGACCAAGGGCAGCCAGCAAGCCAAGACCGGAACGUUGAAAAAGCGAAAGGCCUUGCAAGAGGUAGAUGACUCGAUUGAAAUGGCCAAGCAGAAGAAGGCCCGCCUGGCAAAGCGAAAGUACAACAACCACGUGUCCGAGUUUGCAGACUAAACAUCAAUUACCCGUGAAGAAGUGCGUACUUGCGACCGCCGCGUGUGAUCGCCGCUUCAAAUGUCGCCUUCCCUCGUGUGAUCGAACUCAGUCGACGACACGACGACACCCGAGUAACGUGCAAUGAGUGGCUUGAUGGCCGCACCUCAGCGCUGACAGCGAUAACUUCAAUUGGGAUGGACGCCAUGGAGCGUCACCGUUGUCAUGGGGUAGCUAGAAAGCGAAUCCGCCG